CGUAAGGUGGAAAGAGAGCCACGUUUGGAGUGUUGGAGAGAAGGCUUGGAUGUCAAUGUCUGAGAUAGGGUUAUUAAACAAACAAACCCCGGAAUUGAAUUGAAUUGAAAUUAAACAAUUAUUCGGUUCCUAAGUAAAUUCCCAAAAGUAGAAGGGAAACAAUAAAUAAAUAAAGAAAUAAAUCAGGGUUUAAGGAAGAUGACGACUACGAAGAAGGAGAUGGAGGUUGUGAAAGGGGUGGAGCUUGAGCGUUACAUGGGGCGGUGGUACGAAAUCGCAUCGUUUCCGUCUAGGUUUCAGCCCAAAGACGGUGUGAAUACUCGAGCCACUUAUACUCUGAAUCCAGACGGUACUACUAUUCACGUCCUGAACGAAACCUGGAGCGGUGGCAAGAGAGGUUUCAUUGAGGGUUCUGCUUACAAGGCUGAUCCUAAAUCUGAUGAGGCUAAGCUUAAGGUGAAAUUCUAUGUGCCUCCAUUCUUACCCAUCAUCCCUGUUGUUGGCGAUUACUGGAUUCUUUCUCUUGAUGAUGAUUAUCAGUAUGCUCUCAUUGGACAGCCUUCCCGCAGUUAUCUCUGGAUACUUUGCAGGACGCCUGUUAUGGAUGAGGAGAUAUACAAGCAACUAGUGGAGAAGGCGAUCGAAGAAGGUUAUGAUGUGAGUAAACUCCAUAAGACUCCGCAGGCUGACCCACCUCUGGAAAAUGAUGAAGCCCCCAAGGACACUAAAGGCAUCUGGUGGAUCAAAUCCCUAUUUGGCAAAUAGAAUUAUCAAUUAAUAUUGUGUUAUUUCAGUUGUUGGAUUUCUGUUUCGUUAAUUAGUGGCUGUAUUGCUUCCUGUAAAUCAAAUCAAAUCAGAUGGUUUCUCUCUGCUA